GCCACCCCCCAGAGACACCCCUGAAGCCACCAGCACCCCCAAAGCCACCAGCACCGGCGGAAGAGCUUCUUGAGAGCCAGGGAAGGAGCAGAGUGGGAGGAUGGAGAACAAGGCAGUAGUCAACGGCCAAGCUGGCCCCUUUGCUCACCAGGACAACGUGCCAGGAGCAAACCCCUCAUGCCAGGACACACGGCCGUGCAAACAGAAGAAGGCAGCUGGGGGGGACACGGUGGUGAUGGGUGCUCCCAGGGAGCCCUUGGAGGCGGCGGGCAGCAUUGCCGGAGUCUACGUAGAGACUUCCAAGAAGAUAAUGAGCUUCUAUGAUGCCACCAGAGAGCACCUCCUGAGUUUGGAUUCAGCCCUCUGGCUCCUGGAGGCCCAGGCGGCCACGGGCUCCAUGGCUGACCCCGUGCGGAAGACGCGCGUCUCGGUGGCAGAAGCUGUGAGGCUGGGGCUGGUGGGGCUGGAGCUGCAGGAGAGGCUGCUGACCGCUGAGAAAGCUGCCACUGGCUUUGUGGACCCCUACUCGGAGGAGAAGAUCUCCCUCUUCCAGGCCAUCCAGAAGGAGCUGGUGGGGAGGGAGCAAGGGGCUCGGCUGCUGGAGGCCCAGAUGGCAACCGGGGGCAUCAUCGACCCGGCCACGGGCCACCGACUCCCAGCAGAGGUUGCCUGUGAGAGGGGUUAUUUGGAUGAAGAGAUGAGAGAGCUCCUCUCUGACCCCAGCCUUGAGGACAGCCAAGGGUUCCUCAACCCCAACACUAUGGAGAAGGUGACGUACGUGGAGCUUAUGAAGAAAUGUGUUGUUGAUCCGGCCUCGGGCUUCCUCCUCCUGCCCCUGCAGAUCACCUUCGCGGGGCUGGGAGGGAGGGUGAGCAGCAGGGAUCUGCUGGACUCAGGCAUCAUCAGCCCUGACCUGUUCCGAGAUCUUGAGGAGGGAAGAGUCUCUGUCCAGGAGGUGGCAGAGAAUGACUCUGUCCAUCAGUUCCUGCGUGGGACAAGGAGUGUGGCUGGAGUCCUCCUGCCCUCUGGUGAGCGGAAAAGUCUUUACCGGGCCCUGAGAGAGCAUCUCCUCCUGCCUGGUGCUGCUCUGAUGCUCCUGCAGGUCCAGGCCUCCACCGGCAGCCUGAUGGACCCCAUCAAGAACAAAAACUACUCAGUUGAGGAGGCCGUCAGGGUUGGUCUCAUCGGCCCAGAACUUUACGAGAAGAUGUCUUCAGCUGAGAGGACAUCCACUGGGUACAGGGACCCCUGCACUGGAGAAAUGCUCUCUCUGUUCCAAGCCAUCAAGAGGGCUUCAUCCCCAGGGACCAUGGCAAUUUUCCUCCUGGAGGCACAGAUGGCCACAGGAGGUUUGGUUGCUCCAGGCAGGCACCUCCGUGUCCCCACGGAGAUCGCUUGCAAGCGGGGCACCUUGGAUGAGGCCACAAGACAGCUCCUCUCCCAGUCCACUGAUGACAUGAAAGGGUUCUUGGACCCCGUCUCCAAGGAGAAGCUGAUCUACGCAGACCUGCUCAAGCGCUGCGUCACUGACCCAUCACCGGGGCUCCUUCUGCUUGCCACUUGGUGAGGACAUCAGGGAAGAAUCCCAGGGGAGCCAGCUUUUCUUUGACCAUAGGGCACAAAGAGCGCUGGAGAACAACUGAGGUGCCUUGUGGCUUUGGGGAAGUUCAAGGGGAAGCUGGUGUCCCUCUGGAAACUCCUCUUCUCAGACUAAAUACCGGGUGAGCAGAGAGCUGCUCUCUCCCAGCAAUACCUUUCAGGAACACUUUCUACCCAAGAACUGGGUAAAGUGGUCAGUGCCACCAUUGAGGAGAUGGCUUCCGCUGCUAAUGUCACCUUUGAAGGACUGAGGGACCGGGUGACAGCCGACCAGCUCCUGAGCUCUGAAAUCAUCAACAAAGAUUUGUUCAAGAAGCUGAAGGAGGGAGAAACAUCAGCAAAAGAAGUUGUCAGCAUGGACACCGUCAAGAAGUACCUGCAAGGGACAGGCAGCAUCGGUGGCCUCCUGCUUCCUGACUCCCAGGAGAAGAUCAGCAUCUACCAGGCAAAGAGGAAAGGACUUCUGAGGCCAGGGACGUCCCUGAUCCUCCUGGAGGCACAGGCUGCCACCGGCUUCGUCAUCGACCCAGCUGCCAACAAAAGGUAUUCCGUGGAUGAGGCGCUCCGAGCCAACGUCAUCGGCCCAGAUGUUUAUGACAAGCUGCUGGCCGCAGAGAAAUCAGUCACUGGCUACCGAGAUCCUUACUCGGGGGAGAAGAUCUCCCUCUUCCAGGCCAUGAAGAAGGAGCUGAUCGUCAAGGACCAUGGCAUCCGUCUGCUGGAGGCCCAGAUCGCCACCGGCGGCAUCAUCGACCCCGUCAACAGCCACCGCAUCCCCGUGGAGGUGGCCUACAAGAGGGGAUACUUCGACAAGAAGAUGAACCUGAUCCUCUCCGACCCCAGCGACGACACCAAGGGCUUCUUCGACCCCAACACCCACGAGAACCUCACCUACCUGCAGCUGAAGGAGAAGUGCAUCACGGAACCCAGCACCGGGCUCUGCCUUCUCCCUCUGAACAGCAGGAAGCGCCAGUUCAUCGACGAGGCCACCAGACGGGUGUUCAGCAGCUCCUGGAUGCCCGUCAGGUUUGGGAGGUUCCGUGGGGAGAAGGUCUCUGUGUGGGACCUGCUGAACUCUGAGUACUUCAGUGAGGGCAGGCGCCGAGAGAUUUUCAACCACUACCAGCUGAGGAAGCUCACCCUGGAGCAAAUCCGGAUCAUGUUAGAGGAGGAAAUGAAAAAAUGGGCCCCCAUCAAGUUCCCGGCUAUGAGAGGCAGCGUCAGUGCUUACCACCUGAUGGAGACCGGGGUCAUCGACAAGGACCUCUUUGAGAAGGUGUUGGAGGGAUCUGUCACCCCAGAAGAAGUCCUGCACAUGGACUCUGUCAAGAAAUACCUCUACGGCUCUGGCAGCAUCGGGGGGGUCGUGCUGCAGCCAUCAAACCAGAGGAUAAGCAUUUACGAGGCUAUGAAGAAAAACAUCAUGGUUCCAGGAGUGGCCCUCCCGCUGCUGGAGGCCCAGGCUGCCACGGGCUUCAUCAUUGAUCCGGUGAGCAACCAGAAGCUCUGUGUGGAUGACGCCAUCAAGGAGGGGGUGAUCGGGCCAGAAGUCCAUGAGAAGCUGCAGCAUGCAGAAGGUGCUGUAAACAGGCUACAAAGAUCCCUUCACGGGCAAGAAGAUCCCCUCUUCCAGGCGAUGAAGAAGGGCCUGAUCCCUGACAAACAGGCCAUGCAGCUGAUGGAGGUGCAGAUGGCUACGGGAGGCAUCAUUGACCCAAGCUGUGGCCACCACAUCCCCAUGGAAUCUGCCCAGAAGCGAGGGUGCCUGGAUGAGGACAUCAGCAAGGCCCUUGCUGAGCCCAGUGACAGCAGCAGAGCCUUCAGCCUUCCAGACAGCAAGGAGGCCAUGACCUAUGCCGAGCUAAUCCAGCUCUGCCAGAAGGACGAGGUCUCCGGCUUCCACCUCCUGCCUCUGCCACAGACAGCUGCUCCUGCCUACACCGACCAGCAAAUCCAACAGAUCUUUAAGGAGACUAUGGUGAAGGAGAAAGGAGUCUCCCUCUGGGAGCUGAUCCACUCCGGGUAUUUCACUGAAGAGCAGAGGAACGACUUCAUGGAGAAGUUCCGGUCUGAGGAGAUGUCCCUGCAGCAGCUGGUGGCUCUGGUGCUCCAGCUGGUCAGGGAGGUGGAGAUGAAAGCCUGCACCCACAUCACCCUGCAAGGCCUGAGGGGCAGUGUCCCUGCUGUCUGGCUGAUGGAGGCUGGCAUCAUUCCUGAGAAGACCUUUGAAGAACUCGCCCAGGGUGUCAGAACUCCUGAGGAAGUGGCUGGGAUGGAGAGCGUGAGGAGGUACCUGCAGGGCACAGGCAGCAUCUCCGGCGUGUUCAUAGAGGCAUCCAAAAAGAAGAUGAGCUUUUAUGACGCCAUGAAAAACAAUCUCCUCCUGCCUGGGGCCGCUCUGAGGCUGCUGGAAGCUCAGGCAGCCACUGGAUACCUCUCUGACCCCACCACCACCCAGAGGCUGGAUGUGAGGGGGGCAGUGAGAGCAGGACUUGUUGGUGAAGAGCUCACUGAGAAACUCCUCCUGGCCGAGAGGGCAGUGACCGGCUACACAGACCCCUACACGGGGAGCUCCAUCUCGCUGUGCCAGGCCCUCAGGAAAGAGCUGAUCCCCUUGGGAGAGGCUCUGCCCUUGCUGGAGGCCCAGCUGGCCACAGGAGGAGUCAUCGAUCCCAUCCACCACCUCCACCUUCCUCUCCAGGCUGCCUGCAGAUAUGGCUUCUACGACGAGGACCUCAACCAAACCCUCUCCCAGCUGAAUGACAGCACCAAGAUCUUUUUUGAUCCAAACACCAAGGAGAACGUGACCUACCAGCAGCUGAAGGACAGGUGCCUUCACGAGGCGGAGUCGGGACUCUGGCUCCUUCCUCUGUCGGAGGACGCCACGUUCUGUGUGGAUGAACAAACCAUGGAGGUGCUGAAGUCUGUGACCGUCUGUGUCAACAUUGGGCGGUUCAAAGGACAGACGGUGUCAGUCUGGGACCUUCUCAACUCCGAAUACUUCUCAGACAGCAAGAGAAGAGAGCUAGUGCAGAAGUACAAAGAGGAGAAGUCUGAAGUGCUCCAGGAGAUCAUAACAAUGGUCAUCACGAUCAUCAAAGAGACUGAGACACAAGGCAAGAAGUUCGCAUUCAAGGGCCUGCGGAAAAGAGUCUCUGCCAGUGACCUCUUCCAGUCUCAGCUGAUAGACAAAAAAACCCUUGAUGAGCUCAACCAGGGGAAGAAAACAGUCAAAGAAGUGACUGAAAUGGACUCCGUCCGCAAGUACCUGGAGGGCACCAAUUUCAUAGCAGGGGUCCUCAUCCAGCCCAGCAAUGAGAAGAUGAGCAUCUACCAGGCCAUGUGGAAGGGCAUCCUGAGGCCAGGGACAGCCCUGGUGCUGCUGGAGGCUCAGGCUGCCACCGGCUUCAUCAUUGACCCUGUGAAAAACAAGAAGUUUUCUGUGGAGGAAGCAUUAGCUGAAGGUCUGAUCGGAGGGGAGAUCUUUGAAAAGCUUCUCUGUGCGGAGAAAGCUGUGACGGGCUACACCGACCCCUGCACCAAGGCCCCAAUGUCCCUGUUUGAAGCCAUGAACCAAGGGCUGAUUGUGAAGAGCCACGGCAUCCGUCUGCUGGAGGCCCAGAUCGCCACCGGCGGCAUCAUCGACCCCGUGCACAGCCACCGCAUCCCCGUGGAGGUGGCCUACAAGAGGGGAUACUUCAACCAGGAGAUGAACCAGAUCCUCUCUGAUCCCAGCGACGACACCAAGGGCUUCUUUGACCCCAACACCCAUGAGAACCUCACCUACAUGCAGCUCCUGGAGAGAUGUGUCCAGGAUCCGGAGACUGGGUUGUACAUGCUACAGGUUGUACAGAAAGGAGGGAAGUACUUCUACAUCGACGAGCUGACAAAGCAGGCGUUGCGCUCCAGGCUUCUGGAAGUGAAAAUUGGGAAGUUUAAGGACCAAAGGGUUUCUCUCUGGGAAAUCCUCUGCUCUCAUUACAUCUCCGAGCAGCAAAGGAAAGAACUCGUGAUCCAGUACAAAUGCAAAACCCUCCCGCUGGAAGAUCUCAUCUCCCACAUCCUCAAAAUCAUCGAGGACACAGAGCAGAGAGCAGGAGCCCUCAAGGUCAGGGGGCUGCGGGGGGACGUGUCAGUGUCAGAGCUGUUUAACUCAGAGAUAAUCGACAAGAAAACUCUGGACCAGCUGCAGAAUGGGAGUCUGACACUUGACAGCCUUGCCAAGAGGGACACCAUCAAAAGGUACUUGGAGGGCACUGGAUGCAUUGCUGGGGUUCUGCUCCCAUCGAGGAAGGAGAAGAUGAGCAUCUCUCAAGCCCUGCAGAGGGGUCUCCUGACAGAGCAAUGUGCCCUGGGGCUGCUGGAGGCACAGGCUGCCACUGGCUUUAUUAUUGACCCACUGAAAAACCAGAAGCUCUCCGUGGACCAGGCUGUCUCCUCAAGGCUGGUGGAGAGCAACUUGCAGCAGAAGCUGCUGUGGGCAGAGAAAGCUGUGACAGGAUACACGGAUCCUCAGGCAGGAAAGAAAAUCUCCCUCUUCCAGGCCAUAAAGCAAAAGCUAACAGCCAAGGAGCAGGGCAUCCACCUGCUGGAGGCCCAGAUCGCCACCGGUGGCAUCAUCGACCCUGUGCAUGGCCACCGCCUGCCCCUGGAGGUGGCCUACAAGAGGGGAUACCUGGAUGAUGAUACGUUUCUCCUACUUUCUGAUCCAGACCAUGGCAGCAAAGGCUUCAUAGAUCCAAACACUCAUGAGAAAAUCAGCUACAGUCAGCUCCUGGAGAGAUGUUCCCAAGAGAAGGAGACAGGAUUGUACCUGCUGCAGGUCAUGGAGAAAGAUGAUGACUACUUCUACAUUGAUGAGCAAACCAAGACUGCCCUGCUCUGCACAGAGGUACGAGUGCCUCUUGGAAAAUACGAGGGACAGGUGAUGUCACUGUGGGAACUGCUCUGCUCAGAAUACAUCACUGAGGAGAAGAGGAAAGAACUGGUGAAAAAAUAUAAAGCAGAAUCCCACCACAUUCUGCAAGGAAUCAUUGACACAAUCCUAUGCAUCAUCAGAGAAAAAGAAGAGGACAGAAGUGACAUCUGGUUCCAAGGAUUGAGACAACAAAUAACAGCCUCAGAACUUCUCAGUGCACAGAUAAUUACGGAGGAAACAAUGGGAAAACUCCAUGAAGGAAAAGAGACGGCACAAGAUAUCGCACAGAUGGAGAGUGUGAGAAAAUACCUUGAAGGAACUGGAUGCAUCGCCGGCGUACUGGUGCCCUCCAAAGACAACCCAGCCAAGAUGGAGAAGAUGAGCAUCUACCAGGCCAUGUGGAAGGGCAUCCUGAGGCCAGGGACAGCAUUAGUGCUGCUGGAGGCCCAGGCUGCCACUGGCUUUGUCAUUGACCCAAUCAAGAACCAGAAGCUCUCGGUGGACGAGGCUGUAGCAUCAGGGCUGGUGGGCAGUGAACUACAGAAAAAACUGCAAUCUGCAGAGAGGGCCGUGACGGGGUACUCAGAGCCCUACACCGGGGAGAAGAUCUCCCUCUUCCAGGCCAUGAAGAAGGAGCUGAUCGUCAAGGAGCACGGCGUCCGCCUGCUGGAGGCCCAGAUCGCCACCGGUGGCAUCAUCGACCCCGUGCACAGCCACCGCGUCCCCGUGGAGGUGGCCUACGAGAGGGGAUACUUCGACCAGGAGAUGAACCAGGUCCUCUCUGAUCCCAGCGACGACACCAAGGGCUUCUUCGACCCCAACACCCACGAGAACCUCACCUACAUGCAGCUCCUGCGCCGCUGCGUCCCCGACCCGGACACGGGGCUGCUGAUGCUCCAGCUGAUGGACAAGGGCUCGGUGCUCUACCAGCUGCCCGAGGAGGCCCGCCAAGCCCUGCAGAACGCCCGCACCACCCUCAGCCUGGGGCUCUUCCAGGGACAGAGCCUCAGCCUCUGGGAGCUCCUCUUCUCCCGCUACGUCCCCGACCACCGGCGCCAGGACCUCCUGCGCCAGUACAAGGCGGGCACGCUCAGCAUCUCGCAGAUGACCACCAUCCUGACCACCAUCGUCACUGGGGCUGAGGAGGGCCACCAGCCGGCACAGACACUGGUCCAGAAUGGAGAGGGCUCCCGGCAGCAGAAGCGGAAGAAGGAGGUGAAGAUGGAGGAGAAGCGGGAGCAGGAUCUGGAUGUGGAUGUGGAUCUGGAGCGGUCCCUCAAGUCCCACACCGUCGAGGUGUCGGCGGGCGGCUUCCCGGGCCCGCAGGUCUCGCUGUGGGAGCUCCUCUUCUCCAAGUACGUCUGCCAGCAGAAGAGGCAGGAGCUGCUGGGGAAGGUGCGGGCCGGCAGCCUGGCGCUGGAGGAGCUGGCCAGGCUCCUCAGCCUCCUGGUGCAGGAGGCGGCAGAGCGCAGCAGCAAGGUGAGGUUCCCGGGCCUGAGAAGGCAGGUGACCGCCUCGGACCUGGCCGACUCGGGCAUCAUCGACAAGGAGACGCUGGCCCACCUGGUGCAGGGCUCCAAGACGGUGCAGGAGGUGACGCAAAUGGCCUCGGUCAAGCGCUACCUGGACGGCACGGGCUGCAUCGCCGGCGUGCUGGUGCCCUCCAAAGACGACCCGAGCAAGAUGGAGAAGAUGAGCAUCUACCAGGCCAUGUGGAAGGGCCUCCUGCGGCAGGGCACGGCCCUGGUGCUGCUGGAGGCCCAGGCUGCCACCGGCUUCCUGCUCGACCCGCUCACCAACCAGAAGCUCUCGGUGGACCAGGCUGUCUCCAGCGGGCUGGUGGGCAGCGAGCUGCAGGAGAAGCUGCUCUCGGCUGAGCGGGCGGUCACCGGCUACACCGACCCCUACACCGGGGAGAAGAUCUCCCUCUUCCAGGCCAUGAAGAAGGAGCUGAUCGUCAAGGAGCACGGCGUCCGCCUGCUGGAGGCCCAGAUCGCCACCGGCGGCAUCAUCGACCCCGUGCACAGCCACCGCGUCCCCGUGGAGGUGGCCUACGAGAGGGGAUACUUCGACCAGGAGAUGAACCAGGUCCUCUCCGACCCCAGCGACGACACCAAGGGCUUCUUCGACCCCAACACCCACGAGAACCUCACCUACAUGCAGCUCCUGCGCCGCUGCGUCCCCGACCCGGACACGGGGCUGCUGAUGCUCCAGCUGAUGGACAAGGGCUCGGUGCUCUACCAGCUGCCCGAGGAGGCCCGCCAAGCCCUGCAGAACGCCCGCACCACCCUCAGCCUGGGGCUCUUCCAGGGACAGAGCCUCAGCCUCUGGGAGCUCCUCUUCUCCCGCUACGUCCCCGACCACCGGCGCCAGGACCUCCUGCGCCAGUACAAGGCGGGCACGCUCAGCAUCUCGCAGAUGACCACCAUCCUGACCACCAUCGUCACCGGGGCUGAGGAGGGCCACCAGCCGGCACAGACACUGGUCCAGAACGGAGAGGGCUCCCGGCAGCAGAAGCGGAAGAAGGAGGUGAAGAUGGAGGAGAAGCGGGAGCAGGGUCUGGAUCUGGAUGUGGAUGUGGAUGUGGAUCUGGAGCGGUCCCUCAAGUCCCACACCGUCGAGGUGUCGGCGGGCGGCUUCCCGGGCCCGCAGGUCUCGCUGUGGGAGCUCCUCUUCUCCAAGUACGUCUGCCAGCAGAAGAGGCAGGAGCUGCUGGGAAAGGUGCGGGCCGGCAGCCUGGCGCUGGAGGAGCUGGCCAGGCUCCUCAGCCUCCUGGUGCAGGAGGCGGCAGAGCGCAGCAGCAAGGUGAGGUUCCCGGGCCUGAGAAGGCAGGUGACCGCCUCGGACCUGGCCAACUCGGGCAUCAUCGACAAGGAGACGCUGGCCCACCUGGUGCAGGGCUCCAAGACGGUGCAGGAGGUGACGCAAAUGGCCUCGGUCAAGCGCUACCUGGACGGCACGGGCUGCAUCGCCGGCGUGCUGGUGCCCUCCAAAGACGACCCGAGCAAGAUGGAGAAGAUGAGCAUCUACCAGGCCAUGUGGAAGGGCCUCCUGCGGCAGGGCACGGCCCUGGUGCUGCUGGAGGCCCAGGCUGCCACCGGCUUCCUGCUCGACCCGCUCACCAACCAGAAGCUCUCGGUGGACCAGGCUGUCUCCAGCGGGCUGGUGGGCAGCGAGCUGCAGGAGAAGCUGCUCUCGGCUGAGCGGGCGGUCACCGGCUACACCGACCCCUACACCGGGGAGAAGAUCUCCCUCUUCCAGGCCAUGAAGAAGGAGCUGAUCGUCAAGGAGCACGGCGUCCGCCUGCUGGAGGCCCAGAUCGCCACCGGUGGCAUCAUCGACCCCGUGCACAGCCACCGCGUCCCCGUGGAGGUGGCCUACGAGAGGGGAUACUUCGACCAGGAGAUGAACCAGGUCCUCUCCGACCCCAGCGACGACACCAAGGGCUUCUUCGACCCCAACACCCACGAGAACCUCACCUACAUGCAGCUCCUGCGCCGCUGCGUCCCCGACCCGGACACGGGGCUGCUGAUGCUCCAGCUGAUGGACAAGGGCUCGGUGCUCUACCAGCUGCCCGAGGAGGCCCGCCAAGCCCUGCAGAACGCCCGCACCACCCUCAGCCUGGGGCUCUUCCAGGGACAGAGCCUCAGCCUCUGGGAGCUCCUCUUCUCCCGCUACGUCCCCGACCACCGGCGCCAGGACCUCCUGCGCCAGUACAAGGCGGGCACGCUCAGCAUCUCGCAGAUGACCACCAUCCUGACCACCAUCGUCACCGGGGCUGAGGAGGGCCACCAGCCGGCACAGACACUGGUCCAGAACGGAGAGGGCUCCCGGCAGCAGAAGCGGAAGAAGGAGGUGAAGAUGGAGGAGAAGCGGGAGCAGGGUCUGGAUCUGGAUGUGGAUGUGGAUGUGGAUCUGGAGCGGUCCCUCAAGUCCCACACCGUCGAGGUGUCGGCGGGCGGCUUCCCGGGCCCGCAGGUCUCGCUGUGGGAGCUCCUCUUCUCCAAGUACGUCUGCCAGCAGAAGAGGCAGGAGCUGCUGGGGAAGGUGCGGGCCGGCAGCCUGGCGCUGGAGGAGCUGGCCAGGCUCCUCAGCCUCCUGGUGCAGGAGGCGGCAGAGCGCAGCAGCAUGGUGAGGUUCCCGGGCCUGAGAAGGCAGGUGACCGCCUCGGACCUGGCCAACUCGGGCAUCAUCGACAAGGAGACGCUGGCCCACCUGGUGCAGGGCUCCAAGACGGUGCAGGAGGUGACGCAAAUGGCCUCGGUCAAGCGCUACCUGGACGGCACGGGCUGCAUCGCCGGCGUGCUGGUGCCCUCCAAAGACGACCCGAGCAAGAUGGAGAAGAUGAGCAUCUACCAGGCCAUGUGGAAGGGCCUCCUGCGGCAGGGCACGGCCCUGGUGCUGCUGGAGGCCCAGGCUGCCACCGGCUUCCUGCUCGACCCGCUCACCAACCAGAAGCUCUCGGUGGACCAGGCUGUCUCCAGCGGGCUGGUGGGCAGCGAGCUGCAGGAGAAGCUGCUCUCGGCUGAGCGGGCGGUCACCGGCUACACCGACCCCUACACCGGGGAGAAGAUCUCCCUCUUCCAGGCCAUGAAGAAGGAGCUGAUCGUCAAGGAGCACGGCGUCCGCCUGCUGGAGGCCCAGAUCGCCACCGGUGGCAUCAUCGACCCCGUGCACAGCCACCGCGUCCCCGUGGAGGUGGCCUACGAGAGGGGAUACUUCGACCAGGAGAUGAACCAGGUCCUCUCCGACCCCAGCGACGACACCAAGGGCUUCUUCGACCCCAACACCCAUGAGAACCUCACCUACAUGCAGCUCCUGCGCCGCUGCGUCCUCGACCCGGACACUGGACUUUACCUCCUUAAUGUUUUUAGGAAGAGAGUUCCCCAAAGCAGACAGAGUGUGCCAGGAAUGGAGAAGAUGAAUGGACACCCUGAGAAGGACAACCCGAAGGACACAGGGAGCACCCUGACUGCUGGUGGACACAAGGAGAUGGGUGGGGGUGGGAGUAACUUCAUCGCUGGGGUCUUCAUCCAGGCCAUGAAUAAGAAGCUGAGCAUCUAUGACGCCAUGGUGAGGGGGCUGCUGACACCAGGGACGGCCCUGGUGCUGCUGGAGGCCCAGGCUGCUUCAGGCUUCCUCACCGACCCCGUGAGGAACCAGAAGCUGUCGGUGAAGGAGGCUCUGAGCGCAGGACUCAUCGGCAGAGAUUUCUAUGAGAAGCUGCUGUCGGCUGAAGGGGCCGUGACGGGGUACACAGAGCCCUACACCGGGGAGAAGAUCUCCCUCUUCCAGGCCAUGGAGAAGGAGUUCAUUGUCAAGGAACACGCCGUCCGCCUGCUGGAGGCCCAGGUGGCCACCGGCGGCAUCAUCGACCCCGUGCACAGCCACCGCGUCCCCGUGGAGGUGGCCUACGAGAGGGGAUACUUCGACCAGGAGAUGUUCCAGUUUCUUUCUAACCCUGAGAAUCAAAGCAGAAGCUGCUUCGACCCCAACACCCACGAGAACCUCACCUACAUGCAGCUCCUGCGCCGCUGCGUCCCCGACCCGGACACGGGGCUGCUGAUGCUCCAGCUGAUGGACAAGGGCUCGGUGCUCUACCAGCUGCCCGAGGAGGCCCGCCAAGCCCUGCAGAACGCCCGCACCACCCUCAGCCUGGGGCUCUUCCAGGGACAGAGCCUCAGCCUCUGGGAGCUCCUCUUCUCCCGCUACGUCCCCAACUACCAGAGAGAGGAACUGCUGAGGAAGCACCAGGCGGGGACGGUGACCAUCCCAGAGAUGAUCACCAUCCUCACCACCAUCAUCACCGGGGCUGAGAUGGAGAAGGGGGGUCUGGGCUCAUCCACAGUCACGCCCAACACUGAAGUGGAAGCAGCACAGCCAGCUCAGGAUCCACACUCCCAAGAGCAACAGUUGAGGAAAUCCUUGAAGUCUGCAACCAUCCACGUCACCGCCGGUGAGUUCCAGGGACAAAACGUCCCCUUGCUGGAUCUGCUCUUCUCCAAGCACGUCCCUCAAGGGAAGCGUCAGGAGCUGCUGGAGCUGUACAGAGCAGGGAUACUGACCACGGAGCAGGUGGCCACUGUGGUCACCAACAUCAUCAACAGAACUGACGCCGCAAAUGCCGCCCUCAGGUCGAACUCCAGGAGUCCACCCAGGGUGGUGACACAGGCAGAGGAAAAUGGAGAUGAUUUCUCAGUGCAACUGGAUAACAUCUUGAAGUCUACCACCAUCGAUGUGCCAGCUGGUGAGCUCCAGGGCAGGCAGGUCUCCCUCUGGGACCUGCUCCUCUCCAACUACAUCCAUGAGGAGAAGAGGCAGGAGCUGCUGGAGCUGUAUCGUGAGAGGCUGUUGACUCUGGAGCAGAUGAAAGCUGUUGUCACCACCCUCAUCAAGAAAAAAGAAUCUACAAACAGAAAAUUCCUGAUUGCAGUCACGCCUUCCAACCAGGACAGGGCUUCAGCAGCAGAGAUGGAUGAUGGCUCCUCCAAAGAAGAACCAUGGGAAACAGCCCUGAAAACCACAACUGUUGACAUGGAUGUGGGGGAGCUGCGGGGCCACAAGGUCUCCGUGUGGGAUCUGCUCCACUCCAAGCACAUCCCUGAGGAGAACAGAAAGGAGCUGCUGGAGCUGUACCAGGCAGGAGAGCUGACCCUGGAGCAGGUGAAAACUGUGGUCACCACUAUUGUCACCAAGGCAGAAGCAGCAAGGGCCAAGGAACUGGUCAAUGAGAACAGCCCAGGAGCAGAGGUGACAGACCCAGGUGAUGAGCACUCCCACCUGCAGGAGGAGAGGAACUGGGAGGACACCCUGAAGUCCACCACUGUUGAGAUGUCCGUGGAUGGCUUCCAGGGCAGACAGGUCUCCCUGUGGGACCUGCUUUUCUCUGACCACAUCCACGAGGAGAAGAGGAAGGAGCUGCUGGAGCUGUACUGUGCAGGGACAUUGGCCUUGGAGCGGUUAAUGAUGGUUGUCACCACCCUCAUCAAGAAAAAAGAAUCUACAGACAGGAAAUUGCUAAUUGCAGUCAAGCCUUCCAACCAGGACAGGGCUUCAGCAGCAGAGAUGGAUGAUGGUUCCUCCAAAGAAGAACCAUGGGAAACAGCCCUGAAAACCACAACUGUUGACAUGGAUGUGGGGGAGCUGCGGGGCCACAAGGUCUCCGUGUGGGAUCUGCUCCACUCCAAGCACAUCCCUGAGGAGAACAGAAAGGAGCUGCUGGAGCUGUACCAGGCAGGAGAGCUGACCCUGGAGCAGGUGAAAACUGUGGUCACCACUAUUGUCACCAAGGCAGAAGCAGCAAGGGCCAAGGAACUGGUCAAUGAGAACAGCCCAGGAGCAGAGGUGACAGACCCAGGCGAUGAGCACUCCCACCUGCAGGAGGAGAGGAGCUGGGAGGACACCCUGAAGUCCACCACUGUUGAGAUGUCCGUGGAUGGCUUCCAGGGCAGACAGGUCUCCCUGUGGGACCUGCUUUUCUCUGACCACAUCCACGAGGAGAAGAGGAAGGAGCUGCUGGAGCAGUACCAGGCAGGGAUGCUCCCCACCCAAGAACUGAUCAGCACCAUCAGCACCAUCGUGACAGACGCCCGAGACCGAGACCUCCUGGCCCUCCCCCAGCAGACAGUGGAUCUCCUCCGGUCCGAGGGCUCCUACAUCACUUGUGGGCAGUUCCAGGAGCAGCAGGUGUCCAUCUGGGAGCUGCUCUCCACCAAACAAGUCUCCGAGUACAGGCGAGAGGCACACCUGGACAGCUACGGCGCGGGAGGGCUGACGGUCAACAAGAUCACCAUCACCACCACCAUCACCACGGGCCCACGGCGGCAGAGGAGGCACCACCAGGGACAUUAG